AAAUAUAAGAGACAUUGAACGAAAUGGUAUUAAAGGAGUACAGAAUUGCUAUGCCGCUAACAUGCGAAGAGUAUCAAAUUGGACAGUUGUAUAUGAUAGCACGCCAUAGCUUGGAGCAGUCUGGAGAGGGUGAAGGCGUAGAAAUAAUCACGAACGAGGCCUGUGAAGAUCCAGAAUAUGGAAAAGGACAAUUCACUGAAAAGAGGAUACACUUGUCAAGUCGUUUGCCAUACUGGAUACAAACCAUAUGUCCGCGUGUAUUCUAUGUCACAGAAAAAUCCUGGAAUUUCUUUCCAUUCACAAAGACAGAAUAUACGUGUUCUUUUAUACCUAAGCUAAAUGUAUUUAUUAAAACUAAAUAUGAGGACAACAAUGGGACUUCUGAAAAUUGCCUAAAUUUAUCCGAAGAUGACCUAAAGAGGCGUACUAUUGACAUUGUGGACAUUGCCUUCGACGAUUUGCCCAACAACAAACAUUAUAAAAAAGAAGAGGACCCCAAAUUAUUUAAAUCAACUAAAACAAAUCGGGGUCUAUUGGUGGAGGGAUGGCGUGAAACUGACAAACCUAUUAUGUGUUCCUAUAAAUUAGUUGAUGCUUCCUUUGAAGUAUGGGGAUUGCAGACAAAAGUUGAAGAUUUCAUUCAACGAUCUAUUCGCGAUGUACUGUUGUUGGGACACAGACAAGCGUUUGCCUGGAUAGAUGAAUGGUAUGGCAUGACAUUGGAAGAUGUGCGCGAAUAUGAACGUAAAAUCCAAGAGGAGACAAAUAAAAAACUCAGGCAGCUUAAUGGCCAAAAUGAAGAUGAAGCUCCAGUGGAUGAGGACAACACUAAUCAACAUAAUGCAGAAAGUAAUAAUGUUUAA